AUGCCCCGUGCCAGAGGAGACGGAGGCGGCGGUGGAGGCGGAAGCGCGGAGAAGCAUCAGCCGGCGGAGCAGAGCGGAGCCACAGGACUCGGUGGUUGGCUCGGGGGUGCGGCCAGGGCCGUGACAGGUAGCCCAGCUGGUAACUACGUCGUGCUCGGUGGCACCAGAUACGGUCUCCGACUGUCCCAGGACACCCAGCCACCGGCUACCUCCAGGGACGAGUCGUCGGAACGUCGCCGAAGCAGCAAACUUUGCUCGGUCCAGCCGCAGAGCGAGUCACGCGAGCGCCUGACCGACGCAGCCUGCCCAUCGUCCCCGACAUCGGCAGUCCACAAGCCGAGCCUCGACCUGACCAGCGGGGACUGCUGCUGCAUCGGUCGCAGCCGAUUGCUGAACUUUGGCUCCCGCAUCCCCUUGUCCUGGAGCUCGAGCAGCUGCGCCGCGGCAGUGGCAUCGACGUGUCCCUCGCGUCAACAUCACCAUCAGAAUCACAAUCAUCAUCAUCCGAAGCAGCAACAACAGCCAAACUCGGCGUCUAAUAAUAGCCGGGCCUGCUGGUCGGCCCACGAGCUGCUCGUUGCCAACGCGGCUAGUAGUAACCACGGCUCCGCCACUGCUCGCGGCAACGUCUCGCUCGCCACCACCACCACCACUACGAGCAGUACCUCGCCGUCUUCGCAGCCAGUAGCCGAGCAGCCGCUACUAGUCAAGAGCAGCGGCGGUAGCAGUGCAGUGCCCAAACAGUUUGCCCACUGGCCGAGACACCACAGCCUCCGGCUACAGGAGCCAGCAGUGACAGCGGUGGACCGUCUCCAGAGAUUCCGAUGGAGCGGAGGCGGAGGCGGUGGCGCCGGCAGCAAAAAGUCGUCGUCGGGGGGCAACUCGCGGAGCAGCGACAAGGCCGAGCGACUGCGGGAGCUCACGGAAAAGCUCAAGGGCCCGGCGCCCGUUCCCCCGCCGAGGAGGCCCUCGAGGGCUCAGGCGUCGUCGCCGACCCCCCAGUCGAGCGUCGACUCGAGCGGGCACAGCUUGUCGCCCUACCAGUCGCAGUCCACGCUGUUCGAGCCAGGAAGCUGCGACAGCCGAGGCAAUUGCCGGAGCUACACCUUCAGCGAGGGCAGCAGCAGCCCCGGCGGAGCGAAGUUGAGCUCGAGUGGCAGCCUCGGCCAGCAGUCGUCGGGGUCGUCGAGGCCACUCGGUCGGAGUGAAAGUGUCAGUGACGAGUGCUCGGCCAACCAGCAGCAGCCAAACAUCGGCGAGGCCCGUCGCACCUUGGCGUGCAACAAUAGUGCUAGUGUCAACGGCGGUAGUGCUGGUGCUAGUGGUGUUGGUGGUGGUGGUGGUGGUGGUGUUGGCCGGCACUGCCGACAGUACAGUGACUCGAUGGUCAACAUAGCCAAGAGCUGUCUGGGCGUGAGGGCGAGCAGUCCACCCAGCGAGCUCGGAUCGGCUUGCGACGGCAACGAGGCGAGGGAUGCCUUGGCCGGACUGCUAGAGCCGAGGGCUUCUCUGUUCCCCGGCACAAGGCCGGUGCAGCCGUACAGGAGCGCCUCCUUCGGACAGGCCGACCAUCACUACGGCAGCAGCAGACAGGCGGCCUCGUCGCAGUCGGUAGCCAACGCCAGACGGGCCGCGUACGCCGCCUCGAGCGACGACAAGGAAGCACGGGCGAGCACGUUGCCGCGCGUCCGCCGCCUGGAGGACCCGUCCCGUCUCGACGUUAACGGCGAGCAGCAACGCCGAACGCCCACCCCGACGGACCAGAGCCCGCGCGCCUCCACGCCCAGCUUGGCGGACAGCGCGGUUGGUUCCUCGGCCGAGGGUCCCAUCGGCAACCAGCCAACCUCCCCGGAGGUCCCCUCCUCGAGCUUUGACGAGGAGCCGGCUAGACCGCGGAGCGAUGGCUCGGACAGCUUCGCCACCACCUCGAGCACCCUGGCCAGCCCCGAGCCCACCGAGCAGAGGCAAUCCGGCGUCGUGGUAGUGGUCGUCGAGGACGGUGGAAGCGUCGAGGUAGCCCUUGGCGAGGAGCACGUAGACAGGGGGCCUGUGGCGACCAGUCCGGAGCAGCGCCGCUCCGCCACGCCGGUCGAGCAGUUCGCCAGGGAGAACAUACACAGAGUUCCAGAUUACCGCAUCGAGCCCCACGAGGUGAUAAUAACCCCGCCGCAGGAGGACCUCCAGCCGAACCAGCAGCGCCACCGAUCCUCACGGCUGAGCCAGACCAGCGAAGCGAGCGAAGCCCCGACCGAAGCCUCCACCCUCGGGCCCGCAACCACCACAGCCACAGCCGCCUCGACAACCCCAACGGGCAAGCUGAGGCGCUACCGGGGCGACACGAGCAAGCGUCGCAAGGGCGUCUACAUAACCCAGUGGCCCGAAACCCCGGAAGCUCCAACGGCUGCCGACUCGCGGGGAAAGCUGUCCGGCCAAAGCAGCGAGGAACGGGACGAGCCACCGCCCUCGGCCACCCCCAGCGAUCUCUCGGACUGCGAAGGCCAGGCGCCCAGAAGGUACAGCAAGCGCCCGCUGCGCGGACCUUACGGCCAGAUGCUCGAGGCCGAGAUGGCCAAGCCACGGCCGAGCGACAUCGCCCACAGCCUGGACGAGGGGCUGCGCCAGAGGCGCAAGGUCUCGGCCAACCUGUCCUUCAACGCGGCCAGCGUCGCGAGCGCCGAGCCGGCCACCUCACCCUGCCACCACCGCACCACUUCGAGCCCCAGCAAACUCGAGGGCCUCCCAGGACCCAGUCCCGAGCUCCUCGCCGAGCUGCUCAGGGGCUCGUCCGAGCGCGUGGCCCGCACCCCGCCUCAUUUCAACGACACGCGCACGCACGUUGUCGUCGAGCUAUACGACACCGAACGUUCCUACGUCGAGGCCUUGCAAAUACUAGUCAAUAAAUACCUCCAGCCACUCAAGAGCCCUGAAAACGCGAAUCUCGUAGAUGCCGCGAUAGUCGAUGAAAUAUUUUACCAGAUCCCAGCUAUCCUGAGCCACCACAAGGUAUUCCUGGAGGAGUUGCGCAAACGCUUGGACACUUGGGAAAUCCAUCAAACGAUCGGCGAUGUAUUCCUCGAAGUGUUCACAAAGCCCGUGGUCCUCGAGACGUACACCCUCUUUCUCGACAAUUGGAAGUCGGCGAAGAAGGCCAUCAAGGCGACGUGCCAGGCCAAGCCAGCCUUCGCUCGCUUUCUCGAGGCGAUGGAACGAGAACACAAGGGAAAACUUGGGUUGGACCAGUUGCUGAUAAAACCCGUGCAAAAGAUACCACGUUACGAGCUGCUGAUCCAACGGCUGCUGAAGCACACGGACCACUCGCAUCCGGAUUACCAAUUGCUCACCGCAGCCCUCAAGGAGGUCCACGAGCUCGUCGUCAAGAUAAACUGCACCGAGCGCGAGUCGCUCGAAUGGGAGCAACAACAGACCACGUUGAAAGAGGUCCAGGCGCUCGUCGAUGGUCUCGGUGGCAUCGUCACCAACGACAGAACCUUCAUAAGACACGAUUUGGUAAGCAUCGCUUCGAAUCAAGGCACACGGAAAGAUCGAGCUCUGUUUCUGUUCUCGGACCUUCUCGUCAUCACGAGUAUCAAGAGACGAAGUGGAACCAUACGGAAACCUUCCACGAAUACCUGUCCGAAUAGUCUCGUUGGGAUACUGGAAGCAAACAAGUAUAAGCUGCUAAUGAGGAUCCCACUGGACGAUUUAGAAAUCAUGAAAGCCAAAGACGAGAACCUGAGGCGGAUAGCCAGCGAGAUGGAGCUCCUGCGGCAGGACAUAGAGACGCUUAACGAGCUGCAAAAUCUCGCGUCCGGUCUACACGGGGCUAAACAUCAGCUCGAGGAGCUCAUCAAGGAGAUGCUCGCCCAGACGCAAAAACAACUAGCCGAACGCAACAGUGCGCAUUCGCAGCUGGCCUGCCUCGAACUCACCCUCAAUACCCAGGCUGGAAUGGAGAACAUUUCCGUGAUGUUCCAGAAACCGGAUAAGCGAGCGAGUUGGGAAGAAAGUUUUAACGAGGCCAAACAAAAACUAGCCGCUUCAAUGGAUAGAAAGCUAGUGCCAGAGUUCGUACAGCCACUGCCGAUUCGCAAAACACGGGCGGGCCUGCAGUUCACGUGCGCGGCACCAACGUUGGCCGAUGGCCGAGGCGAGCGUGACGUUUGGGUCUGCAACAGCGACGGAUACGUCGGUCAAGUUUGCGUUCUAAAUUUAACGCCAGUCCCUGGUCAGGUUGUCUCUUGCAACGGUGUAUGCAACUCGAGAAUCACCUGCGUCACCAGUAUUCCUGCCUGCACUUCCGUAUCAAACUUCUGCAAACCUAUUAAUUGUGCCUUCGUUAACAAUAAAAGUGGUGUCAAUGUCACUGUUCAAAAUACGGACACAAGUAGUGGAAACAUUCGACUAGACAGCUCAAGCUCCGACGAUUCGGACUCUGACGACAUUCCAUGCGCUGACACGGCAAGCACCUCCAUAGCCGGUGACGUGUCAAGUCUGGACAGUGGUGCUGUUGAAGAAGACGUCAAUCAGCCGACAAUGUGGUUGGGCACCGAGGAUGGCUGUGUGCACGUUUACAAUUGCAACGACAACAUUAGAAUUAAGAAGAACAAAGUUAGGUUGCAGCAUGGAAGUAGCGUGCAAUGUAUUAUAUACUUGGACAAUAAAGUUUUUGUAUCUCUAGCCAACGGUGAUAUUACAGUUUAUUCGAGGGAUCAUCUUGGUGGUUGGAUAACGGUAGAUCCGACAACUUUACCCGUAGGCACUGUCGCCUCACCUGUAAUGAAAAUGUUACCGGUUUCCGGCAAACUCUGGUGCGCCAGUCACAACAACGUCAAAAUCCUUAACACCUACAAUCUCGACAUCGAGCACACCUUCAGUGUGAACAGCGACAACAACAGACCAAUCACUUGUAUGGCCAGUUCAGGCGGUCUUGGUGUCUGGAUAUCCCUGCACAAUAGCGCUGUACUCAAACUGUAUAACGCUUCUAAUUACGAGUGCCUCACCGACGUCAGUAUUGCCCCUACGGUCACAACGAUGCUUGCCAAUUGCGACGACAUUAUUAGGCAGCAUAAGGCAGCGUGUUUACGAGUUACCGCGUUGCUGGCGUGCAACGAACUGUUGUGGAUUGGCACGAGUGCGGGCGUGCUAUUGACGGUACCGAUUCCCCAUAUAAAACCCUCCACCCAAAGAAUGUCCCAGGCACCCAUAGUAACAGCUAUACAUCACGGUCACACGGGUCAAGUGAGAUUUCUGACCAGCGUGGAAACGGCGAGCCCACCAAAGACUGAAGAGCCUCGACCGAAGGUAAACCGCUACUCCCUCAAGGGCUCCAAGUCAUCAACUUCCCAGCAAAGCAACAAUAGCCCCAGUCGAACGGGAAGUACCAGCAGCUGCGGAGUCGAGCAGGACCGUAUUCUUAUUAUAUCGGGUGGCGACGGAUACGAAGACUUUCGUGGGCCCCCAACUGCUACGGAGCUACAGGCUGGCCGUGAAGACUCGACCAAUCACCUGUUGAUCUGGAAGGUUUGAUAGGGACUAAUACGUCUAGAUCCAGGGAUGGAUCUCGGUGUUAACGUUGAUGAUGCUAGCUCAACCGUUGGAUGUACGACACCGACGCGCUCGUGCCAGGCAUUGUUGCUGGAGCAGCAGUCGGAAGAUGAUUUUCAACGCCGACGGCGUACGGCACUCCGUGAAAAAAGGACGACGCCUCGGGUAGACCGAAGAGAAUGUCACUCCUCCACUCGAUAACGAUGAUCGAUGCCAGUGCUGCUCCGUGCCAAUGAUUGAGACCAGGAUCAAGGAGAAUCAUUGAGAUUUAUCGUCCGAGUGAUGAUGUUCCGUUUUUGUUAUCACUGUGGUAAGCUUUUUGGAGAAGGUUGGAACGAGUAUCUUGAGUCAGUAUGGUUAAUCUAACUAGAAACCAUUGGUGAAUUUUUUUAUUUGCAUCAGCCUAAAGUUUUGAGCAUCCGUUUCGUUAAAGUCGUAACGCUAAAACGUUGCAAUUGUUUUUCAAUUGUUGUUUAAAUAUGUCGCUGUUAGAAAGUAAUGCAAAUGAUACGAAAAACAAUAGUAAUAUUUCCUUGAAAAAAAAAAAAA